CCUUCAAGUAUUCUACAAACUUAAAUCUUAAUCAAUUAAGACAUUUCACAGAUCAACCAAAAAGAUGUCGUCGAGCCAGCAAUUGAGCCACAGCGCCGGAGAAGUCACCGGUCAAGUUCAGCUGAAGAAGGAAGAGUACUUGAACAAUGUAUCACACGCAAUGAACCAGAAUGCUGAUCAUCACACUCACUCACAGUCACAGUUACACUCAGAGCAUGAUCAGAACAAUCCUUCCCUAAUUUCCCAGGCCUCUAGUGUCAUCCAACAGACUGGUGGACAAGUGAAAAACAUGGCACAAGGAGCAGCAGACGCUGUGAAGAACACUCUCGGGAUGAGUCCGGCCACCAACAGCCCUAGCAGCCCGGCUGGCACGACCCGCUCGAGCAAGCCCGGUAGCUUAAGAGCUCCAAAAGUUAGAAUUUCUGCAACAAGUUUCAGUAGAUUAAGAUGUGGAAACUUGCUGAUACCGAACAAUCAAAGACUUUUUAUUGACCAAAGCCCUAUGAAGUAUCUGAGUCUGAGGACAACUUUGCGAUCUGUGAAAGCUAUCCAAUUGUCUACUGUCCCACCUGCAGAAACACAAGCUAUUGCAGACGUAGAAGAUUCUGAAGAGACCAAACCAACUGUUGUGAAUACUCAGCUUAUUCCUAAGUCCUCUGAGGUGGAAGCACUUAUCAGUGAAAUCACUGAUUCCACAUCAAUUGCAGAGUUUGAACUCAAACUGGGAGGUUUCCGCCUAUAUGUAGCAAGGAAAUUAGCUGACCAAAGUAGUCCACCGCCUCAGCAAAUUCCGCCUGUGGUUGCUGCAAGCGCAACUCCUGAGGGGGUUCAUACUAAUGGCUCAGCCACUUCUUCGUCAUUGGCUAUCACAAAAGCAUCACCUUCUUCGGCAGACAGGCCACAAACACUUGCUAACAAAGCUGCUGAUCAGGGUUUAGUGAUUCUCCAAUCUCCAACGGUCGGUUAUUUCAGGAGAUCCAAGACCAUAAAAGGGAAACGAACUCCUACAAUCUGUAAAGAGAAAGACAUAGUGAAGGAAGGUCAAGUUCUAUGCUACAUUGAACAACUCGGUGGCCAAAUCCCAGUUGAGUCUGAUGUUUCCGGUGAGAUUGUCAAAAUACUCCGCGAAGAUGGCGAGCCUGUAGGAUACAACGAUGCUCUCAUCACAGUUCUUCCUUCAUUUCCAGGCAUCAAGAAGCUUCAGUAAGAACUGAUUUUGGCUUAAUUGUGUUUG